AAAAUGGAAAUGUCAAAUGAGUCAAAUAGUUUCUUUAAUUGCAGUUUAGGAGUGAUUUUAAAGUUAUAAAAUGGAAACUACACCGACAAAGGAAGUAGUAGCUCGGGUAGAAGUGCAUGCGCCUGACAAAGGACCAGUAUCUUCAUCAAAAAGUAGCAAAAGUUCACAGAAACCGUCUGAAAAUUUUGACAACAGUGAUGUCCAAGAUCCACUUCCUAGUUAUCCAAGUAUCAACAACUCUGAAACUGAGGGUCAGUUUCUCAAUACAGUUCCACCAUCACCUACGAGAUUGACGAGAGACUUUAGAACGAGGCAGAUACAGCAGCGAGGCUCACGAGGGAGACUUGAUCGUGACUCCAUCUCCAACAAUUACUAUGGAGAUUCUGUUGAAGUGGGCCACAGGCCCCCAAUGUUCCAGCAGGAUUACAUCAGCCCUGAAAAACAAAUGCACACAAUCCGACAGUCGCGUCGCAUUCCUCGUUGGAUAUGGAUUCCUUUGGCUAAGUCACUGGGCAUUAAACUGCAAGAAUUGGACAAGCCAUGGCUGGGAUUAAUCAUGUUUGUUCUAACAUUAACAUUUGGUUUUGGAUAUGGGAUCACACUCAUUUGGUAUACCUUUUAUGAUAUUAAGAGCGAGUAUACAAAAUCGACAGUUUUGACUGGCACUGUGUCCAUCAUCAUUGGAAUGAUAUGGUGUUCAUUGGGGAUCUAUGCUAACCACUUGUCUUACGUCUUGUUCAGCAAUUCAAAGUUUCUAGACAGUGUUAGAAUGCACAGUAAAACGAUAUUCAAGUUGAGCUCCGCUAUGCUGAUGAUGAUUUUAAGCACAACUUUCAUCAUAAUGAACAAUGCAAAAAAUGUGAACAUUCUGGAUGAAAGCUUCUGUGGGAAAGUCAGCCUGAACCCUAUUGUUUGCUACUUCUUGUACGGGUUCAGAGUUGGUUUUUCAAUAUUUGCACUACUUUGGAACAUUAUGGUAGCAACAGUGUUACUCAGCGUAUGUCGUACCCAUACAAUAGGAAUUCGGCGAUUUAUCAAAGAGCUAGAGGAGGAUGGAAAACUUAUUGAGACUCUCCGCAAACAACGUUCAAUGAACUACAUGGACCAGGGAGACAGCACUGAUGAUGAAUGGUUGUGGGAUGAUGAUCUACUGACCAGUGUACCCACCAGUGAUUUUGCCACCAGUGGAAGGCAUAACCCUAUUGCCAGCUCUCUGCCAGCCACAGUGCCCUUGCAACGGCAGGUUUCUCAGACCAGUAAUCCACAUGCACAGAGAGCUCACAGCUCAGGAGGUGUUACAAUACAAGCUUCAAGUAGACCUGGGGCACAGUCUUUAUCCUCAAUGAACAACUUGUACAUUGACCCAAAUUCACCUCAAGGUCAGAGGUCAAGGCUGAGUGAAUCUUUGAGUAAUGAGCCAAGGUCAUCUCCUGGAGCUCAAUCAACUCAAGUUGAAUUCAGUAGUCCAAAUAGAAUUCCUAGUACUGCUACUGCUGACUCUCAGUCCAUUGACACAGAAUCAAGCCCUGGACCACAGAUCCUGAAUAAUGAAGACAUUCUGAUUAGAUACUGGAAAAUAAAUAGUAGGUUGCGGGCCACAUCAUUAAGUCUUCAAAGAUGGUUAUCCAGCUGGGUAAUGUUCAUUAUGAUCUGGUCCAUUAAUUACAUUAUAUUCUGGAUCAGCCAUGAGGCCACACUACUAGGCAUCAUUGAGUUUAUCAUUCCACUAUUUCUCUUGCCAUUAAUUGCUUCAGCAUUUGCUGAGGUCAACAUGGAAGGGUCAAGAAUGCUUAGGUGUAUUUGUCCAACAGAUGAGAGGAUGGACUUGCUCUUUUAUCUACUACAGCAACCUCUUGCAAUAACUAUCUUUGGCUACCCUUUAACCUACUCAUCCAUUGUUACUGUUAUCAGUGCCUUAGUUCUUGCUUUUACCUCAAGACUGAUUCUGGAUGAGUUUGCCAAGAUUUAGUCAAGUACUGUUUGGAGAAACUCAUCAUAUUAAGCCACACAUUUACAAUCUGUGUCCCUUUGGAUGAUGCAACAUAGAGGAAUGCCAUGAACAUCAAAAUGGGAGAAACAAGUUUGCCUGCUAGGUGCUUGGGGAAAUUGGAACUGUAGGCUGUACUAUGGGAGUCCUUUGCUAGAAAAUAGUAGACAUAUACGAGGGGUGAUCAGGAAUU